GCCCGGCGGGGCUCACGCGGCUGUCCCCCGCGCGGCAGGGCCCUGGUAGGCGACUCCCGGGGCCCGGCUGGCCCGGCCAUGCCGCUGGAGACUCUGGACGCGCUAUAUGUGGCGCUGGAACUCGCCAUCGCCGCGCUGUCGGUGGCGGGCAACGUGCUGGUGUGCGCGGCGGUGGGCACGUCUAGCUCGCUGCAGACUCCCACCAACUAUUUUCUGGUGUCCCUGGCGGCAGCCGACGUGGCCGUGGGACUGUUCGCCAUCCCCUUUGCCAUCACCAUCAGCCUGGGCUUCUGCACUGACUUCCACAGCUGCCUCUUUCUCGCCUGCUUUGUGCUUGUGCUCACUCAAAGCUCUAUCUUCAGCCUCCUGGCCGUGGCCAUCGACAGGUAUCUGGCCAUCUGCGUCCCUCUCAGGUAUAAGAGUUUGGUCACUGGGACCCGAGCAAGAGGAGUCAUCGCAGUGCUCUGGGUCCUUGCCUUUGGCAUUGGAUUGACUCCAUUCCUGGGGUGGAACAGUAAAGACAGUGCCACCAACAACUGCACGGAGUCCUGGGAUGGAACCGUGAAUGAGAGCUGCUGCCUUGUGAAGUGUCUCUUUGAGAAUGUGGUCCCCAUGAGCUACAUGGUGUACUUCAACUUCUUUGGAUGUGUCCUUCCCCCACUGCUCAUCAUGCUGGUGAUCUACAUCAAGAUCUUCAUGGUGGCCUGCAGGCAGCUGCAGCGCAUGGAGCUGAUGGACCACUCCAGGACUACCCUCCAGCGGGAGAUCCAUGCCGCCAAAUCCCUGGCUAUGAUUGUGGGGAUCUUUGCUCUGUGUUGGCUACCAGUACAUAUCAUCAACUGUUUCACUCUUUUUCAGCCAGCCCAGGCUAAGGACAAGCCCAAGUGGGCCAUGAACAUGGCCAUUCUCCUGUCACAUGCCAAUUCAGUGGUCAAUCCCAUGGUCUAUGCCUAUCGGAACCGAGACUUCCGCUAUACUUUUCACAAAAUCAUCUCCAGGUAUGUUCUCUGCCAGGCGGAUGGCAAGAGCGGGAAUGGGCAGGCUGGGCCACAACCUGCACUCAGUGUGGGCCUAUGACCCAGGCUCUGGCCUCUUGGAGGGCAAAGCCUCCAAAGGAUAGGAUACAAUUGACUGAUCCUGUGAAAGACAGCUACACCUCCCAAGCAUCUGGGCUCUCUUCUGAGCACUUGUCUGGAGUUACCACAUAUCUAGCUAAUAUGUACAUGCUGUUAGUAGACUCUAAGUGUCAACAAAUGUAUUUAUGAUUGUUCGGCUGCUCUUAUUGUGUGGAUGAUGCUGAUGACUUGAAUGGAUUCUAAAAGACUUUUAUUUUUGAGUCUGCCUGAUUCAUGGAAGAAAAUGACUGAAACUCUUUUACUGUGAAUACUGUGAACUAUUUUAAUGCAAAUAUUUUUUAACUUAAAGGCAAUGGAAGAAUAAAAAGUUGGUUGUUCUAAUGUAAACUUGUUCCCAGAAAGGCUACCAAGAAUACUAAAAAUGUAAUUCUUUAAUCAAGAAACUGCUGUAUUAAUCUGGGGAUGAUAGUCUCCUAAAUUCUUAAGCAGAAUUAUCAUCAAGUAACAAUUUUAGGCUCCAUUCUAUUCCAUAUACAACUGUACUCUAGAGGAAGAACCUGGACAAACAGGGUUCCCUCCUCUACUGGAUUCCCCCUUUUAGAGCUAGGUACUGAAUUUUAUUUUUCUCCUAAGUUCAAGUUUGGCAAAACUGUUGGAACUCAAGAGUGUGAGAA